AUGGCUACUAAUAAUCAAGCCAAUGCCAUAGGAUAAGGUAAAAUAUUAAAAUAUAGUAGAAGCUAAAAGGGGAAAACCGCCUAAACGAUAGGGAGUAUCUAAUCCUUCAAAUAUAGUUUCAGACUCGAAUUAACCAGAGAUUUGGUAUCAAUCUCAAGAAGCUACUGAAAUAAUCAUAAUAUUAGCAGCCUAGGGGCGAAUUUUGUUCUAAUGUUUGAGUGGAAAAAAGAAAAAACAGAUAAGCAGAAUUACCAAGCCUUCUAGUACCAAAAGAUCAUAUUCUUUAACGAAAUUUAGAAACAGUCGAUAAGAUUUUGUAAAACAUGCCGAGGUAUAGUAGUUGAUUAGAAUAAAAUUUAGACCCUUUAAAACUAGUUGUUAAAAAAACUUGAAGAACAUUUAGAAAUCGAAUUAAUUGGCUAAUAGAAGCAGAUGGACUAUUUUUUUUUUUAAGACAACAAGAAAACUAAUCUUGCCCAAGAACCAUAGAUGAAAGUGAUGAAGCUAUUAAGCCCUUACAUUCAUAAAGAUUUCUAAGAAACAUUGAUAACACUGCUAAAAUUACAACAUAUUUCUAAAAUAAACCAAUCCAUUAAGGGUGAUUUAUCUAAUAUUAAUAAACAUAAACAUUUUGUAAGUUGGGCAUUCAUCAUAGCUUGGGGAAAAAAAAUAAGAAGUCACUUAACGAGAUUAUAAUAGAUUAGAAACGAUGACGAAUUAAGAGAGGCAAGCUUAUUGGCUAAAGAUUUGAUGGAUGAAUCAAAGGAAAUUUUGAAAUAGAAAACACAAGAAGUUGAAUAAGAGAUCAGCUAAUUAAUUAAUAGUUAUAGGCAGGAUUACAAAGAAGAAAUAAAAAUUAUAAUAAAUGAGUUUUUAUAUAGAAAUUAAUAGAAUAACUCUGAGUUUGAAUAAAAUUCAUAUUUAGAAGUUUAUUGA